AUGGCGGCGGCCCCGCUGUACUGUGUCUGCCGGCAGUCUUACGAUGUUAGCCGGUUUAUGAUUGAAUGCGACAUUUGUAAUGACUGGUUUCAUGGCAGCUGUGUCCAAGUGGAAGAGCACCAUGCCGUGGACAUCGAUGUUUACCACUGUCCCAAAUGUGAUGUCCAACACGGUCCCUCCUUGAUGAAAAAACGUAACAACUGGCACCGGCAUGACUACACAGAGCCUGACGAUGGCAGCAGGCCGGUGCAAGCGGGGACCUCUGUGUUUGUACGAGAGCUGCAGAACAGGACCUUUCCCAGUGCGGAUGAGAUCAUGGUGCAGAUGCAGGGCCAUCAGGUAACACAGAAGUACCUGGAGAAGCAGGGCUUCCACUACCCCAUCACCGUUCCCAAACUGGAUGGACUAGGUCUCAAGCUGCCCCCCUCCAGCUUCUCUGUAAGGGAUGUGGAGGAGUACGUUGGUGGUGACAAAAUCGUGGAUGUCAUUGAUGUUGCCAGACAGGCAGACAGCAAAAUAAAGCUUCGAGAGUUCGUCAAGUAUUACUACAAACCUUAUCGGCCAAAGGUGCUGAACGUGAUCAGUCUGGAGUUUUCAGACACCAAGAUGGCAGAGCUGGUGGUGGUGCCUGAUAUCGCUCAGAAGAUGUCCUGGGUUGAGAACUACUGGCCAGAUGACUCCUUCUUCCCCAAGCCUUUUGUCCAGAAGUACUGCCUGAUGGGGGUGAAGAACAGCUACACAGACUUCCACAUAGACUUCGGAGGCACAUCUGUGUGGUACCAUGUACUCUGGGGAGAGAAGAUCUUCUACUUGAUCAAGCCGACCCAGGCUAAUCUUGCACUAUACGAGGCGUGGAGUUCCUCCCCCAACCAGAGCGAGGUGUUCUUCGGCGACAAGGUGGACAAGUGCUACAAGUGUGUGGUGCCGCAGGGAACCACUGUCCUCAUCCCAACAGGAUGGAUCCAUGCUGUUCUCACCUCUCAGGAUUGCAUGGCGUUCGGGGGGAACUUCCUCCACAAUCUCAACAUAGGCAUGCAGCUCAGGUGUUAUGAGAUGGAGCGGCGGUUGAAGACUCCUGACCUAUUCAAAUUCCCUUACUUUGAGGCCAUCUGCUGGUAUGUGGCAAAGAAUCUACUGGAGACUCUAAAGGAGUUACGAGAGGAUAACUGCCAGCCCCCAGCCUACCUGACAGAAGGAGUGAAAGCCUUGAUUACUGCACUGAAGAACUGGCUGAAACGAGAGGUCACAGAGCCGGCCAGCGAGGUCCCGGACCAUAUCAGACCCAACCGUCUAAUUAAAGAACUCACAAAGGAAAUCCGCUACCUGGAGGAGGAGCAGCAGAGUGGCGCUGGAGGUAGCAAGCCAAUGAAAUCUCAGGGAAGUGGAGCAUGCCCGCUGACGCGGUCGACUCUGGACCGGGCUAGCCAUCAUGCUCGCAGGACUGCCAGACGGCUACGGCACCACCACCAUCAUCACCAUGCGCCCAAGACGCCCUCCAACCUGGAGAUCCUGGAGCUGCACACGCGACAGGUGCUCAAGAGGCUGGAAGUGGGACCCUUUGAGGAGGAUGCCCCCUUCAGCUCCACGGUGACGGCCAAGUUCAACAAGGCAUCUGUAGCAUCUGCUGCAGCUGUGGAGCGGAGCCUGGACAACAACCUCCGUUUGGUGAUGUGCCACGGCCGGAUUAUCAGAGAUGAGCGUUGUCACACCAGGGUGAAGAAUAGUCCGGUGCAGGAAGGUGAGAGGAAUGGUGGCCAGCAGUUGGAAGGGGUCCUGGUGAAAACAGAAAUCAAUGACACCAUGCAGGAACAGCACAAAGACCCAGAGAGAGGGGAGAUACCGAGCCCCCUCAGCAGUGAGUCUAACUGGUCAAGUCACCGGCUGUCAAUCAACGGUUUAGAGUUUUUCGAAAGAGUGAAUUCCGAUCUGAGGAAAGGAACCGCGGUGUACUCCGACAUCUCAGACUCUGAGUCCGAAGAGCGUUGCUCUACACAGAAAAGGGACUCUGGGAAGGAUUCAGGGAGCUCAGAUGAGGAGGAUAAGGAGCUGUGCAGGACGGAGCGAGGCACAGGCAGUGUGACGGACCUGCAGCAGGCCAGCCAGGCCCUCAGCCACCACCACAAACCACUCAAAGGAGAACAUCCUACCUCGCCAACCACAGAAGAGGAGGCUGUUGAGGGCAUGCUGUCCAUGGCAGGGCUGCUGUACCCUCAGCGACCAGAGGAGAGUAGCACUGCCCAGGAGCCCUGGUGGUCCAGCCCAGCCCAUCGCUCCCCUGACCGUGGUGAAAGAGAGCCUGCGUCAGGGGAGGAGAGCCAGGAUUCAGACAGCAACUCCACACUGAGCCUUCAGGAUGAGCGGAGGGCCCAGCAGCAUGUGCGUAAGGAGUGUCGAGCUGAACUCAGCCAGAGGAUCCAGGAGAACAAGAACUUCAUGGACAGUCAGAGCAGUGGGAGUAACAGCAGCGAGGCCUGGGGGGACCAGAGCCCCUCUCAGGCUGCCUCUAGCCCACUCUGCCUGGACCCCAGACCAGGGACCGACUAUCAGUACUGUGAGACCACUCUGUCACCCCCCCUGCAUCCCUCCAAGAGGUCCGCCCCAAACACCCCACCCAUCAGUAAUCAAGCGACUAAAGGAAAACGUCCUAAGAAAGGUAUGGCCACCACCAAGCAGAGACUGGGGAAGAUUCUCAAGCUGAGCAGGAACAACCACUUUUUGCUAUAGCACUCAAGACCCAUAUGUCUCCAGUAAAAACUUUAAGGGACAACUCGACCCCUACCCAUAUACUGAGGAUGCGUCUCUUUCAGCUUCGACUCUCACAUUCUAUCAAAAAUCAUCGCUUGGAUGGACUGCCCUGAAUCACUGACUCCACAUGCUAGAUGACAAAGACACGAGCGAGCGCACCGUUUCCCAUGGUGAAGUGAUGGUGCGCUGUAAAAACAACUGCUUGGAUUCUCAGCAGUGACAUUGGAUUGUAUAUGUUCUAGUCAUCAAAAGAGAGACACAGUAAAUUUGGCUUCGUUUGAGUUGAAGCACCGCAACAACACAGAAUUGUCCAAAGAUGCAUGGCAGUGGGAAUUUAAAUUACGUCUUUUGAUACAACAACUUUGCAUCUGAGCCACGCUUUUGUAUCUGUUUUGGCUGGUGCUUUACCCAAGGCUUGCACUAGCCCUUCCAACCAACACUACUUGUUAUGCCACAACAAGCAAAACAUGUUGUGCUUAAGCCGAGAAUGGCAAGUGAAGAUGCUGCUUUCUGCUACCUGGUUUUCAUCACCUCUUUGGGACAUUGUCUUGUGUUAGUCUGACUGAAGAGCAAGAAUGGUGCUAUGGUGUUGGAACAAAUUUGAAAUGGUGCUAUAGUGUAUAUUCAUGCUAUCCUUUUGUCUACCCUCCUGUCACGAUCACACCAGUGAUUGCAUUUGAGAGAGGGGGGAGAUAUUUUGAUGCAGCACUCUAGUCACCUUGCCUUAUCAGCCUCCCAGUACGUAAAAAGCUAUCAUGAAUCCUAAUGCAUUAAGCCAUUCCAAAAAUACCUCUCCUACCACAUUAAGAGUACUGGUUCUGUUUACUAAAAGAGUUACGAGCCUUAUUGCUCUAUAGUUGAUCACUCUAUAGUUGAUCAUAUCAAAUGUGUUCCUUUGGUGCCAUCUAUUGGUCAAAUUAGGGCAGGUAGCUUGAGAGUGCUGUUAUUAUUAAAGGUUUCUGAAAUUGCAAAAAGCUUUUAUAUAAAGUAAAAAAUGUACAGAAUUUAUAAUAAGUUAUCCAUAAUUUAUUUCACUUUCUCUUUUGGUGUUUAUUGUUCUGUUUCUUUUGCUGGUAUUGAAUUAUGUAUUGAGGGGGGAAAAAGUUAAUAAUGGCUAUAUGACUAUGACAAUCCUGUUACGAUGGAUAGUGUAACGGAUGUGGGAUUUUCUUCCCUAAGAGGCAAAGUAUACAACCUCUUACAUUUGUAUGGGUGGAUUUCAGCAAAAAUCUACAAAAGAUUAUACACAUUUCCUAUCUUCUAGUUGGGCUAAGAAUGAUACUUUGAUUAAAAAAGAUUGGUCAAGAAUAUUUGGCUAUUUGUAUGAAAUUGAAAGAAUAUUUAUUUUUUAAUAAAUGUGUCAAAGGAAAAAUCCACUCAACUGUAUUUUGGCUUUUUUUCUUUCAUUAGUCCACUUGAUACAGUCCCAAAAUGUUUUGCAUGUCAGCAGUCAAGUUUUCAAGAUAGGAUUUUCAAGAAGCAAAGUGUCACUUGAUGCGGCACAUGCAAAACAUUUUGGGACUGUAUCAACAAUGGACUCAUUUUUAAAAAGAGUGGAUUUUUUUCUUUAAGUGACAGAAUUUUGCAAUUGUAUGUAAUUAAGGCUACUGAUCCAGUUAUUGUUAAAGGGUAUGCUUAUUUUCCCUGUCACUAUAUAUACCCUCAUAUUGGCUUGAAAGACCUCAGGUUGGAUUUUGAAUGGGUCUUUCUUUUUGGUGAUAAUGCCAAAAAUGUGAGCACCAUGAAUGGCUUGAAAGACCUCUUACAUUUGUAGUGAGAGAUUCCUCAGUUUGUGUCUUUCUCAGGGACCCAUGCUCUUGACUUAAGAAACGUUUGUUUUGAUAAGCAACAUGAAAUGACCCAUCAUCGUGGACACAUUUUCUGAUCAUUGAUCUAUUCACUUUUUUUUUUAAUGUGUAGUUGGUAUUACAAGUGUUACUAAGAACCCUUUUAGUUGUACCCUUGAGUCCUUUUUUUAUAGAAAUGGAAUUAUGUAGCCUGUCUCCAACUUUCAUUCCAAAAUCGUGUUUUUUUUCAUGUUAAUCGUCAUCACUUCAAACAGUGAAUGGUGGACAAAGUUACGACUGCUCAGGGCUGUUUGAUGGUGACCGUUUCUAGACUAAGAACUUCAAAUAUUUAGGUUGACCCAAAGGAAGCAAUCUCUUUUGAAUAUAAAACCAUUUCUUGCAUUUGGCACAGAGCAUGCCAACAGAGGGGACCCCAAGUAAAAUUAAGCCAUCACUAAAUCUUCACUAUUCUCAUGUGCUACCUGGCAAGACAUAUUGCACUAACUUCCAGGUUUAAGCAUGUCAAAUAGCUUUAAGUGCCACCCACCCAGAACGGAGUUCCCAUCUUUGACUGACUUAUUCUACACCCUCAUGUUAAUUGUGCUGUGCUCCUGUCUAGCUAUUUAGCCAUUUGCGGUUGCCUAUAUAUGCUGUAGAGAUUCAUUCAGAGAAACUUGACUUCUCCUACUCCCAGCCCUUGUAAACGAUAAUAACAAAAAGACAAAGCUUCUUAGAAGCAAAGCUCAUGAGUUGCUUUCCAGUUACUCAACUGUUUCACUUUUCAGCAUCCAACAUGUUUGAUCGUGCAUGGCAUUACUGGCCUGCUGGCAGGGUCCUAUUAUCCAGUAGGCUACUAUUAAUUGUACAGUAUUUAUUUGACUGCAUUUUAGAUCAGUUUUACAUUUGUGUGAAGUAUUGUUGGUCAUGGUAUGUCUUUCUAUUCUGCAAAUUGCUUGUUUCAACGGCUAUAUGUUGUGAUCAUUCAAAACGAAAUAAGCUUAAGUCUUUUGACACUGUAACCCAUUUGCAAUGAAUCUUUGAACGUUUAUUUCUGUAUCCCAAUGUGGCCUGUAAAAUAAUAAAA